AUGCGAGUUCAGAUUCCUCAUGAAGACCCCCUGGUCGUUAAUUUGACAGUGACAGAGUGUUUGGUACGAAUAGUGCUAAUUGAUCCAGGGAGCAGUGCCAAUAUCAUGCCUAGAGUCACCUUCGAUCGGCUGGAAAUCAAGCCAGAGGAGCUCAAAUGCACUGGGAAUCCAUUGUUGGGAUUUGAUGGAAAAAGAGUUGAAUCGAUCGGCACAGUAGAAUUGCUUGUUCGGGCAGCCGAAAGGGAACUUAUCGAGAGCUUUGUGGUGGUGAAGAUCCAUCCCUCUUACAAUCUGUUGAUGGGGAGAGGAUGGAUUCAUAAGAAACCUUCCCCCGGCAUGAACGGGGAGGAGCUUCCGGUGCAAACCGAGGAACCCUUAGUUGAAGUUCAAAUUGAUCAUUUGAGGCCAAAUCGAACCACAAAGGUAGAAUCAGGGCUUGCAGAGGAAGAAAAACGUCAAUUGAUUGAUUUCCUCUCCCAGAAUGCCGAUGUAUUCGCUUGGAGCCAUCUGAACAUGCCAGGGAUCGACCCCUCAGUCUCUUGCCAUUCUUUUAAUGUAGAUCUGAGCGUCAAGCCAAUAAGGCAGAAGUAG